AUGGCCGCUCCACGGAGAUCCAAACGAAUUCAGACUCUCCAUCAGGCCGAAGAAGGCAGUCGCAGAAUCACUGAAAGCCCCGAAGCCUUGAACAAAGAUCACCCUGACGGCGAUGCUCCAAGAGACCUGGCCCCGAAAGAAGACUCCCCAGCGACUGAUCCAGCUGUUCGUCGGAAAUUCCUUUCCGGAACAAUUUGGUCUCUUGUAAAUGAUAUGGGGUUGAGGGGCAUCACCUGGGAUAACCUCGACGAAGCUGUCCAGCAGAAGUUCAUUAGCUUUGCCCCCAACGUAGAAGAACUCUUUGAUGUAUACGGUAUGCCCCUAUAUUUAUUUCAGCGAUGGGUCUGGGAGAUUAUAGAUGAGAACUUCUUUUCCAAGAAAAGCAAGGAUAUAAUCUGGACCUCACCUUACUGGGAGACUCAAGCAGCCAUGGAGCGCUACUUACAAGAACACAAGUUCCCAUACGAUAACGGAUAUGCGUCCUACAAGUAUCCGCACUGGAGACAUGCCACCAUGGAGUUCUACAUGGCACUUGAAGACUCCCCAAAGAAGCAUCGAAGGAUUGAUCCAACGUGCGUUGUUCCAAUACUUUCCAAAGCACUCGGCCGAUACUUCCCGAAGAAGCGCGAUGGCACACCCCUGACGUCGCUAAAACAUCUUGAAGAUGAAUUGGUCGCUGCGGAGUUCUACUUUGAUGCCAAUCUGACCUUCUUUUCCAUUGUCUUUCAUCACCCCACGACUCAUCAAACCUGUGGGUUUCCUUACGAGCCUGAGCUUGAAGGAAUCGAGGGACAAGCUAUGGACGAAAUAGAAGAGGAGGAUCGCGAGGAAAAGCUGGUCGAUUUUGUGGCUGAGCCUAUGCUCCAGUGCCGUGGACAUCAUGAUGGAUAUGACUACCAUGUCAAGACGGCUGCGAGUCCUAUGAAAGUUUGCGUUGACUGGCUUCAGAAUCCGGACAGAGACAGAUUAUCACAGAUGAGGAGAAGGGAUAAAGAACAGGAAGAUGAGGAGAGGGAUAAGGAGACGAAUGAGGAUAAAGAGUAUCGAGAGGACCAAGAGGAUGAAGAGGCAGAUAGUAGUAAGCGCGUAAAUAAGAAAGAAGAAGAAGAGGAGGAGGAAGAAGAGGAAGAGGAAGAGAAAGAGGAAGAGGAAGAGGAAGAGGAAGAGGAAGAGGAAGAGGAAGAGGAAGAGGAAGAGGAAGAGGAAGAGGAAGAGGAAGAGGAAGAGGAAGAGGAAGAGGAAGAGGAAGAGGAAGAGGAAGAGGAAGAGGAAGAGGAAGAGGAAGAGGAAGAGGAAGAGGAAGAGGAAGAGGAAGAGGAAGAGGAAGAGGAAGAGGAAGAGGAAGAGGAAGAGGAAGAGGAAGAGGAAGAGGAAGAGGAAGAGGAAGAGGAAGAGGAAGAGGAAGAGGAAGAGGAAGAGGAAGAGGAAGAGGAAGAGGAAGAGGAAGAGGAAGAGGAAGAGGAAGAGGAAGAGGAAGAGGAAGAGGAAGAGGAAGAGGAAGAGGAAGAGGAAGAGGAAGAGGAAGAGGAAGAGGAAGAGGAAGAGGAAGAGGAAGAGGAAGAGGAAGAGGAAGAGGAAGAGGAAGAGGAAGAGGAAGAGGAAGAGGAAGAGGAAGAGGAAGAGGAAGAGGAAGAGGAAGAGGAAGAGGAAGAGGAAGAGGAAGAGGAAGAGGAAGAGGAAGAGGAAGAGGAAGAGAAAGAGGAGGGAGAGGAAGAGGAGGAGUCUCUUAGGGAGCUAACAAAGGAUAAAGGCAAAGAAGUAGAGGUGCUGAUAAGUGAGGAGGAGAGUAGAGAGGAAGUAGAGAAGGAGAAGGAUUAUAAGGACGAAGGUGAUGAAGCGGUAAGCAAGGAGGGGGGGAAGGAUAACAAGACCAAGGAGAAGUAA